AUGCUUGGAUGCCGACUUCGGAUGCGGAUACUUUCGCCAGAAUGCUUAACGGCCUAUCGAGUCGAUGAAGUCAAAAUUCUCCAGAUCCACAGUAGGGCUGAGAUGACCGGUUCGAGAGGAAAUGCUAGCCUCAACACUCUUCUCAUCUCCAGAAGCCGGCCCAAACCUCAUUCGGUUGCCAUGACUGAACAGAGCAAAAAAGUAAGUCUUUUUUUUCGUGCUUUCCGGACAUGCCAACAAGCAUCGAGUAGCGUCGUAAAUCGGCUCGUGGCGAAACUCCCCAAAAUACCAUCUCCUCCGCCGAGGACAGGUCCUGUUUUGUUCGUCAAGAGUAGAGCAAAGCUGCGCCUCCCGCCAAACACUCGGUCAGAAUUUGGCCAACCUUCCUGUCCACGAAGAGGCAGCAGAGAGGGCAGACUCGUGCGCCAGUAG